AUGGUCGAGCACAUUGGCAACAAGCAGGUCCGGUCCACCAGGUUUCGCGAGCUGAAGCGGAAGGAGGACCGACGGAAGAAGGCAGAGAGGAAAAAGCGGCAAGCAGCAGCCGAGAAGGCAGAGAAAGCGGGUGCAGAACCCGUACCGAAGCCGGUCCCCAAGACAAUCGAGAACACACGAGAACUGGAUGAGACUAUUGUUGCGCCGGAUGACGAGGAGGUAGCUGCAGAGGAGACACAGGAUGAGUUUGCAGAUCACUUUAAGAGGGUGCGCCCGCCACAUGUGCUCAUCACCACCUGCUUCAAGCCAUCUGGGAUCAUGUACAAGUUCAUAGCCGAGCUUCUGGAGGUUUUCCCCAAUGCCACAUACUACAAGCGCCAGGGUUUCCCGCUGAAAAAGAUCGUGCAGUUUGCGAAGAAUCGCGACUUCUCAGACGUGGUGGUCAUCAACGAGGACAGGAAGAUGAUCAACGGCAUGCUGGUGACCCACCUGCCAGAGGGCCCCACCGCCCAGUUCAGGCUAUCAAAUCUGAAGCUGUCGACGGAGAUCUCGAACCACGGCCGCAUCUCAUCCCAUCGCCCAGAGGUGGUGCUGAACAACUUCUCCACUCGACUUGGGCACCGGGUGGGCCGCCUCUUUGCCUCCCUCUUUCACCAGGACCCCGCCUUCCGGGGCAGGAGGGUGGUCACCUUCCACAACCAGCGCGACUUCAUCUUCUUCCGGCAUCAUCGCUACAUCUUCGAGGAGAAGGCGGACCGGAGGACAAAGGAGGCGCGAGUGCAGGCGCGGCUGCAGGAACUGGGGCCACGCUUCACUCUGCAGCUGGAGUCGCUGCAGAAGGGAACCUUUGACUCCAAGUCUGGCGAGUUUGAGUGGCUGAACAGCGGGGAGCAGGACACCUCCAGGCGCCGCUUCAAGCUCUGA